UGUUGAGACUCUAGUUACAAGCGGGAGUUUAGUGAGGGCUAAGCAAGCGCUGGUUGUUGCUGCGACGCCGAGUCUCGGUCUCUUCGAGAGGCUGAGAGAGCUUCAACAAACGUUUGACGGUUUGAGUUUAAUCACCAACGAUGAAUCCUUACGCUGAUAUUGAUGAUGAUUUGACCUAUGGAGAGGAUGAAAGUGAUGAAAUUACUGCUGAGCUGUGGCAGGAAGCUUGUUGGCUUGUCAUCUCAUCAUAUUUUGAUGAGAAGGGAUUGGUGCGGCAGCAGCUUGACUCCUUUGAUGAGUUCAUCACCAUGACCAUCCAGCGGAUAGUUGAAGACUCCCUGGAUAUUGACUUACAAGCUGAGGCUCAACACACCUCUGGAGAACUUGAUACUCCACCACGGCAUGUGCUAAAAUUUGAGCAAAUUUACCUGAGCAAACCAACAAACUGGGAGAAAGAUGGCUACAAUUACAACAUGAUGCCAAAUGAAGCCCGACUCAGGAAUUUGACAUACUCUUCACCACUGUAUGUAGAUAUUGUGAAAACUAUCUUCAGAGAUGGAGAAGAGCCCACAGAGAAGAAGUCUGAAAAAGUCUACAUUGGUAAAAUCCCCAUCAUGCUCCGGUCAGCCUACUGCUUGCUCAGUGACCUCGCAGAUCGUGACUUGAAUGAGGUCAAUGAGUGCCCUUUGGAUCCUGGCGGAUACUUCGUUAUCAACGGCUCUGAGAAGGUGCUCAUUGCUCAAGAAAAGAUGGCUACCAACACUGUAUAUGUGUUCAGCAUGAAAGAUGGCAAAUAUGCAUACAAGUGUGAGAUUAGAUCUUGUAUUGAACACUCGGCUCGACCUGUCUCCACUCUCUGGGUCAACAUGAUGGCGAGAGGUGGAAGUAGUGCCAAAAAAGCUGCCAUUGGGCAACGGAUCAUUGCCAUCUUGCCGUACGUGAAGCAAGAGAUUCCCGUCAUGAUUGUGUUCAGAGCGCUCGGGUUCGUGGCCGACAGAGACAUCCUGGAACACAUCAUCUAUGACUUCGAUGAUCCUGAAAUGAUGGAAAUGGUGAAACCUUCACUGGAUGAAGCUUUUGUCAUCCAAGAACAAAACGUGGCUCUUAACUUCAUUGGAGGCCGUGGUGCACGACCUGGUGUCACGAAGGAGAAGAGAAUCAAGUAUGCAAAAGAAAUUCUUCAAAAAGAAAUGUUGCCACACGUCGGCGUCUCCGAUUUCUGUGAAACUAAGAAAGCAUAUUUUCUUGGUUACAUGGUUCACAGGCUACUAUUGGCUUCGCUCGGUCGUCGUGAGCUGGAUGACCGCGAUCACUACGGCAACAAACGCCUCGACCUGGCGGGUCCCCUCAUGGCUCUGCUCUUCAGAGGGCUGUUCCGCAACCUGCUGAAAGAGGUGCGCAUGCAUGCUCAGAAGCUGCUGGACAAAGGCUCAGACUAUGCCCUCGAUGCCGCUGUCAAACCAAAGCUCAUCACCGACGGGCUGCGCUACUCUCUGGCCACGGGCAACUGGGGCGACCAGAAGAAGGCUCAUCAGGCCAGAGCGGGCGUGUCUCAGGUGUUGAACCGCUUGACUUUUGCGUCGACCCUGUCGCAUUUGCGUCGUGUCAACUCGCCCAUUGGUCGCGACGGCAAGCUUGCCAAGCCUCGUCAGCUGCACAACACCCUGUGGGGAAUGAUAUGCCCUGCCGAGACUCCUGAAGGUGCCGCCGUGGGCCUUGUCAAAAACCUUGCUCUCAUGUCCUACAUUUCCGUUGGAUCUCAGCCUGCACCCAUCCUUGAAUUCUUGGAGGAGUGGUCAAUGGAGAACCUAGAGGAGAUCGCAUCAAGUUCUAUUCACGACGCCACUAAAAUAUUCGUCAACGGUUGCUGGGUAGGAAUUCAUCGCGAUCCCGAGCAGCUCAUGGUGACCUUGCGAAAGUUACGAAGACAGAUGGAUAUCAUCGUGUCAGAAGUUUGCAUGGUGCGCGAUAUUCGUGACAAGGAAAUUCGAAUCUACACUGACGCCGGCCGUAUUUGCCGUCCGCUGCUCGUCGUCGAGAGUGGUUUGCUGCUACUGAAGAAACGCCACAUCGAUCAACUGAAGGAGAGGGAGUAUACCAACUUCAGCUGGCAGGACCUAGUUGCCAGCGGCGUCGUAGAAUACAUCGACUGUGCUGAAGAAGAGACCAUCAUGAUCGCUAUGGAAUUGGCAGAGCUCAACCAAGAUGGUGAAGACAAACCUUACUGUAACACAUACACACACUGCGAGAUUCACACCGCCAUGAUCUUGGGCGUGUGUGCCUCCAUUAUUCCUUUCCCAGAUCACAAUCAGUCUCCCAGGAACACUUACCAAAGUGCUAUGGGUAAGCAAGCUAUGGGUGUCUACAUCACAAACUUCCACGUGCGAAUGGACACUCUUGCUCACGUGUUGUUCUACCCUCAGAAGCCCAUGGUCACUACGCGUUCCAUGGAAUAUCUGCGUUUCAGAGAACUGCCUGCCGGUAUUAACAGCAUUGUCGGAAUUGCCUGCUAUGGUGGAUACAACCAAGAAGAUUCCGUCAUCAUGAAUCUCUCGACUGUGGAGAGAGGCUUCUUCAGAUCGUGUUUCUACAGAUCAUACAAAGAAGCCGAGAGCCGACGACAGGGCAUGCAAGAUGAGGUGUUUGAGAAACCUUCCAGGGAUACCACUCAGGGCAUGCGUCACGCCAUCUACGACAAGCUCGAUGACGAUGGAAUCAUUGCUCCUGGAAUGCGCGUGUCCGGUGAUGACGUCAUCAUCGGCAAGACGAUCUCCUUGCCUGAAAACGAGGAUGAACUCGAGGGCCAAACUCGUCGCUUCACUAAGAGAGAUGCCUCCUCCUUCUUGCGAGGCUCUGAGACCGGUAUUGUUGAUCAGGUCAUGCUGACCGUCAACAUCGACGGCGAUCGCUUCACCAAGAUCCGCGUGCGUUCUGUCCGCAUCCCUCAGAUUGGCGACAAAUUUGCUUCCAGGCAUGGACAGAAAGGAACCUGUGGCAUCCAAUAUCGUAUGGAGGACAUUUUGUUCACCGCUGAAGGCGUCACACCCGACAUCGUUAUUAACCCGCAUGCCAUUCCGUCACGUAUGACUAUUGGCCAUCUUAUCGAGUGCAUCCAAGGAAAACUCGGUGCCAUCAAAGGAGAAAUUGGCGACGCCACGCCAUUCAACGAUGCCGUCAACGUCAAUAAAAUCUCAACUCUACUGCACGAUUACGGCUACAAUCUCAGAGGCAACGAGGUCAUGUACUGCGGUCACACUGGUCGCAAGAUGGCUGCCCAGAUUUUCUUGGGCCCCACAUAUUACCAGCGACUGAAACACAUGGUGGAUGACAAAAUUCACUCCAGAGCCAGAGGACCUGUGCAGAUUCUCGUUAGGCAACCCAUGGAGGGCAGGGCGAGAGAAGGUGGUUUGCGUUUCGGGGAGAUGGAGCGUGAUUGUCAGAUCGCCCACGGUGCUGCCCAAUUCUUGAGAGAACGUCUCUUCGAAGUGAGCGAUCCGUACAGCAUCCACGUUUGCAACUUGUGUGGUCUCAUGUGCAUCGCAAACCUCAGAAACAAUACCUUCGAGUGCAAGGGCUGCAGAAACAAGACACAGAUUUCCCUGGUUAAACUCCCGUACGCUUGCAAGCUGUUAUGGCAAGAACUGAUGUGCAUGAAUAUCGCCCCUCGCCUCAUGGUUAUAAAAUAACCAAGUUCUUCAAAAAACAAAUGAAAAGCCCUUGUAGAUAAAGUGUUAACAUUUAAUGUUAUGAUUCUAGCUUGGCAACAGUUCGACUUUCAGACCUAACAACCGACAAAUUGCUGCUAUUCGAAUGCAAUUUGUCUUUUGACUUUGAUUGACGCGGAGUUUUAGGGUUUCGUUUGUCUCGCUACAAAUAGCAGGCAGGUUUCAGUUCUGCAUACAAGGAUAUAAGUUUUCUUGCAUCAUACAAUAAAUGUCUAGUUUUUUUUUCAUCAUUCAUAUUAAAUGCAUCAAUGGUUCUCUGAUUUUUG